AUGUCUCGCGCUAUUGGUAUUGAUUUAGGUACAACAUACUCAUGUGUUGGUGUAUUUCAACAUGGUAAAGUUGAAAUUAUUGCUAAUGAUCAAGGUGAUCGAACAACACCCUCCUAUGUUGCAUUCACGGAUAGUGAACGUUUAAUAGGUGGUGCAGCUAAAAAUCAAGUAGCGAUGAAUCCAAUCAAUACAAUCUUUGAUGCAAAACGACUUAUUGGUCGUAAAUUUGACAAUUCAACUGUACAGUCCGAUAUGAAACACUGGCCAUUCAAAGUAAUUAAUGAUAGUGGAAAACCAAAAAUUCAAGUUCAAUAUAAAAAUGAAACAAAAUUAUUUACACCAGAAGAAAUCUCAUCAAUGGUUUUAACGAAAAUGAAAGAAACUGCAGAAACUUAUCUUGGUCAAAAAGUCUUGGAUGCUGUUGUUACUGUUCCAGCUUAUUUCAAUGAUGCACAACGACAAGCCACAAAAGAUGCUGGUACCAUUGCUGGUCUCAAUGUCUUACGUAUUAUAAAUGAGCCCACAGCAGCAGCAAUGGCUUAUGGUUUAGAUAAAAAAGCAUCCGGUGAAAAAAAUGUUCUUAUAUUUGAUUUGGGUGGUGGUACAUUUGAUGUAUCUAUACUCAUUAUUGAUAAUGGUGUUUUUGAAGUUAAAUCAACAGCUGGUAAUACACAUUUAGGUGGUGAAGAUUUUGAUAAUCGUAUGGUUACACAUUUUAUACAAGAAUUUAAAAGAACAACUAAGAAAGAUAUGUCACAAAAUGCACGUGCAAUUCGACGUUUACAUACGGCAUGUGAACGAGCUAAACGCACAUUAUCAGCAUUAUCUCAGACAACAAUUGAAAUUGAUUCACUUCAUGAAGGUCAUGAUUUUUAUGCAACAAUAACACGAGCUCGUUUUGAAGAACUGUGUGCUGAUCUAUUUCAUUCAACACCUGAACCCGUUGAACAAGCUUUACGUGAUGCUAAAAUGGAUAAAUCAAAUAUUAAUGAAAUAGUACUCGUCGGUGGUUCAACACGUAUUACAAAAGUUAAAAAAUUACUUCAAGAUUUUUUUCAUGGUAAAGAAUUGAAUAAUUCGGUUAAUCUCGAUGAAGCUGUAGCUUAUGGUGCAGCUGUUCAAGCAGCAAUUUUAAAAGGUGAUAAAUCCGAAGCCGUUUAA